CUCUGAGCCCUAAUUUCGCCGGAGAGGAUCGAAAUUAUGGACGGAAAAAUGGAAAUCUCAGUGGACAAGCUCCCGAUCAAGCGGCUCGACGUCAUCGAAGAGAACGGCCUGGAGCGAUUCCCACCGGAAGUGGGGUACGUGGAGAAGCGGGAGUCGCUGAUACGGAGAAUCGAUUUCGCGUGGGCGGUGGAGAAGGACGACAAGAGCAAGCAGAAGAAGCGUUCCCGGGAGACCUCCGCCGCCCAGUGGGAGUUCCAGAGCAUGCUCGAAAAUCUCCAGCUCGCUCAUCAGGAGCUCUCCGUCAUCGUCGACCUCAUCAACACUGUGGAAGCUAAUGAUGCAGUUACAGUAGCUAGCAUGACCAAGCCGAAGCCAUUUCCUAAUGAAGUUCUGGCUGAUCUUGCUGUGUCUGCUGCCACCAAGCUACAAUGCUUUAGGCACCUUGGAAAAUACUUUAAGCAGUCUGCCAAUGCUUUGGAGCAACAGAUGGCCAGGGAAGCAAGAUUUUAUGGUGCACUAAUCAGGUUGCAGCAGAAUUGGAAAGUUAAGCGGCAGCGUGCGGUAGCUUUAGCUGCUGGAAAUGAAGGCUUCACCAUAGACCUGUUUGACAAUUCAUUAUAUGAUCCAGCUGGUAUCUUUCGGCCAUCCCCUCUGUCUACAGUUUGUGUUGACCAUGACUCAGCAGGCAUGCUGGCGAUAAAUUUACCUCCGAAGUCAUAUAGCUCUCUUCAGUUUGGUUUUCUAAGUGCUGAUACAGAUGAUAUGCCAAUUGAGUCCUGUAAAACCAAAACUCAAUCCUCAAGUGAUGCUGACAAAGAAUCUGUGAGUGAUGAUGAGUGUGUUAAAGAAACGCAUUCACUUCUUCGUGAAGUCCAUCAAGCGAUCUUCAGUGAGCAGGUAUUCGAACUAGUAAAUCGUGAAGCAUGUAACCAAUCAUUAGGAGUCACUGUUACUGGAAUACAGGAAAACUAUUUACAAUUGAAUAUAGGUCAGGACACCUCUGUGUUCAUAUCCCUUGUCCCAUCUAGUCAGGGUGAGAAAACAGUUGACAGUCCAAGCACCCAGAAUUUAGAGAAUGCAAUUCUACCUUUAGAUACCCUGGAUGGGCUGAAUUUACCGGAAGAUAAACCGGACACCCCCAAGAAAAAGUCAAUAAUUCCUAAUCAAAUUAGUUGUGAAAUAUAUCUGCUACAGAUAUUUCACCAGCAUGUAUUUCUUAAAGCUAAGGAGAGACCCACUUCUGGAGGUGUGGUGUCUAGCCAACCAGCAAAAGAAGGGUCUGGACUUCUUGGUCAUUUCUGCAUGUCAUUGGCUCAUAGAAUAUUUUCAAACAAAGUUCUAGUGGAGCUGGAAAAUGUGAUUAGAGGUGUGCCGUAUAUGCAGUUGACAUCUCAUCCCACUUGGCAUUCAAGGACAUCGUCAUGGACACUCUUUGUGAAGAUACCUCAAUCUGUUCUACACGCAUGCCAAAUCCGAGCAUCAGACUCACAUCACACAAAGCAUGUUACCAAGUCUCAGUUUCAUACUAAGGUGGUUGUAACUGAUGAUUGCAUCAGUAUUGAUGGGGAAGGUGCUCCGAAUGUUGUUGGCCUGUUCAAAGGGACUUCCCUGGAUGUCUGUUCAAUGAAUAGAUACGACUGUGAUUUGGCUGAUCUGUCUGUGAUAAUCCUACAGCAGGUUGCAAGCCAGGUUAUACGUUGGCUCCAUGAAGAAGCUCUAAUGGUUGGGAUAAAAGCAAACUGGGAUUUCCUGUGUUUGUCUUUUGAGCUGGAGCAGGGUGAAACACUAAGCUUGGUGGCACAUGUGGAUCCAGAAGAUACUGAAGGAUGCAUCUCAUGGUGGCUGGUCAUGGAGGAUGGUUUUGUACAAGAACGAAAACUGAAUAUGGAUAUCUCUGAUGGUGCAUCCGAGUCUAGGAAGUUCUUAGGCCAUCUAUCCCUGGAAGUUUUAUAUUUGACAAUGAUGGACUUGGUCGGCUUGUGCAACGGAGGUGGUAACUGAUGACCAACCAUAAUGUUCUUGUACUUUUUCAGUGAGAUAGCUUUUGGUUUAGUAAUAUGUCAAUAUAAUUGAUACAGGUCACUUGUUAAAGGCAACUGCUGUUUAUGGUAACUUGUAAAAGUCAUGACUGCCUGGCAGGCGUGUUGCUGUUCAGGCUGUUUAUGGUAGACUGCCUACAGAUAA